AUGAAUGUUGACGCUGCUAGAGAGAAAGAUGGUCUCAGAUCUGCAGUUGGUUGCGUGGCUAGAAAUUCUAAUGGCAGGUUGACUAUAGCAUCUGCAGUACCAGUUGGGCUCCUUUCCUCUGUUGAAAGUGCAGAAUCAUAUGCUAUUAGGGAGGGUAUCAAGCUUGCAAUUGAGGCUGGCUUGGAGCAUGUUACGAUUGCCAGUGACUCUAAAGGAGUUGUGGCCAAGAUCAAUGCGCAGGAUUCUGGGUUAAAUGAAGAUGGCAGCAUUAUUGGUGAAAUUCAGAUGCUACGGGAGAAGUUGCGAUAUUGUAAGGUAUCUUACUACUCUAGGAAUUGUAACAAUGUAGUGCAUAGUAUUGCUAAGUUCUCUUUGACUUGUUCAGUUCCACACAUUUGGAACGAUUCGAAUGAGCUUCGUUGGCUCCAGGAAGCUGUAAUGGCAUAUUUAUUGCCUGCUGUCGCUUAA